GUCAGGGCGAGAGGAGCUGCCCUCUGACAUGAUGUGACAGAGCGAUACAGUUAGAAAAACUAGACAGCUUAUUUCAGCUGGGGACACUAGUCCAACCUUAAAGGACAGUCAUUUGAAUCCGUGGCAAUUUCUAAUGGUUGUUAAGCUCUCAGACUCGACUGCGAAGAAGAGACGAAGUGUUGUUAUGUGUCACACGGAUAAAAUUAAUGUCCAUCGUGCAAACGUUGUCAAAGGGAAGAGAAAUGUGUCUUGUGGAGUCGGAUAUCUCGGCCAAGUGGACAGAUAGUAAGGAAUAACGCCUUGAGACAGACACCAGUUUGAUGUUGACAGUUGUUUGUGUUGCAUCCUUCACAUUUUGCGAAGCUAACUGUCCACUAGCUAGCUAAUUUUGGCUAGCUGUCUUGUCGUCUUGUAUUUUUUAUAUAUAUAUAUUUGUUUCAGUCUAAGCUAUUAAGUUGACACGUAACGUCAGACAAGGUGCAGCGAUAAUUCCGUCUUUUCUGUUAUUGCUAGCAUGUUUGCAGAGAGUAACAACAAGCAGUAUGACGCUGGACGUAACGUUAACGGCGGGGUUAUGUCACUGUCAGGCUAGCAGAUAGCUGAGGGUGUCUGCAGCUGCCUGCCUUCUGUCUUUGCAUGUAAAUAAAUGUUCACAAGGCUUGACAUCAUGUAGCCCGUCCAUUUGAACACGUUAGAUCACCGAGGAGACAAACUGAGCUAGAGUAACGCAGAGCGGGAUUGCUGGUUAUCCAACUGGGUCAAAGGAUGACAGCUGGCACUGUUACUGUGUAGCUCAGGAUUGUGGCUAGCCAUGCCUCAAGCCGUCUGCUCUGUUUGACAAGUGGACAUACAAGCAUCCCGACCCACUGACAGGGCAUCUGAAGCAUGAUGUCCCGUUUGCGUCCUUAAAUCAAGCAAUAAGGCUUAUAUCAGAGAAGAGUUGACGGACAGCAAUGCCAAGUCAGCCUGUCACGAAAUAAACCUGCGGUGCAGCAAAUAUCAUCAGGACGAGCUGGAAGUGGACAGUUUGCAUCGGGAUUAUUUUCUCAAGUCAAGUGAAGAGGAGAUCAGGCUGAGAGCCCAGCAUCAGCUGGACCAGCAGUCUUUUUUUAAAACAAUGGAACCAGUGGGGGAUUUCGAGUACAGCAGAAAAGACCUUGUGGGACAUGGAGCUUUCGCCGUGGUGUUCAAAGGGAGACACAGGAAGAAAACGGAUUGGGAGGUGGCCAUCAAAAGCAUUAACAAGAAGAACUUAUCCAAGUCCCAGAUCCUUCUUGGCAAGGAAAUCAAAAUCCUGAAGGAACUACAGCAUGAAAACAUUGUGGCACUUUACGACGUCCAGGAAACGCCCAACUUUGUUUUCCUCGUCAUGGAGUACUGUAAUGGAGGCGAUCUGGCUGACUAUCUGCAAGUCAAGGGGACCCUUAGGGAAGACACACUGAGGGUGUUCCUCCAGCAGAUUGCUGCUGCCAUGCGCAUCCUCAACAGCAAAGGAAUCAUUCACCGGGAUCUAAAGCCUCAGAACAUCUUGUUGUCCUACGUGGGUCGCAAGAAGUCCAGUAUAAAUGGCAUCCGCAUCAAAAUAGCUGACUUUGGCUUUGCACGGUACCUCCAGAGUAACAUGAUGGCAGCCACGCUAUGUGGGUCACCUAUGUACAUGGCCCCGGAGGUCAUCAUGUCCCAGAACUACGAUGCCAAGGCUGACCUUUGGAGUAUAGGCACAGUCAUCUACCAGUGUCUAGUCGGCAAGCCACCUUUCCAGGCAAAUAGUCCCCAAGACUUGAGGAUGUUCUACGAGAAGAACAAGAAUCUACAACCCAUCAUCCCUAGGGAGACAUCCCCACACCUCAGCGACCUUUUGCUGGGGCUGCUGCAGAGAAACCAGAAAGACAGGAUGGACUUUGAUACUUUUUUCAGCCAUCCUUUCCUGGAGCCAUCAUCCGCCAUUAAAAAAUCAUGUCCUGUCCCAGUUCCCAGCACGUCUAAUGUUGUGACGGACAGUUCCUGUGGCAGCUCGCCAUGCAUCCGCUACAACUCUCCUCCUUCUCUACCGGACAUGCAGACGUUAACGGAGGAUGGUCUGUCAUCUCCCCCGCUUGGUCCGCCCAACUUCCUGCAGCUGUCAAAAGAGUCUGCAGGAAGUACCAGCAGUAAGAACUCCUCUUGCGACACCGAUGACUUUGUCCUGGUGCCUCAUCUCUCCGCCGACAGCUAUGACCAACCAAUGGGAGCAGGCCGUCGGCCGUCCAGCGAGUUCCUCAUGUGUGGAGGUCAGCCUCAGCCAACCCCGGGACAGACCCCCAUGGUGUCUCCACGGGCUGAGACCACCCCGAUCCCUGUUCCCACCCAGGUCCGCAACUACCAGCGCAUCAAGCAGAACCUCUCUAGCAGCCCCACUACCACACUCUACAGCUCCCCCAGGUCUGGCACAGUGAGGCGUUCUAACACUAGUCCUAUGGGGUUCCCUAAGGCGGCAUCAGGGUCUCCCAGCUCUGCGGAGGUCGCUCAGACGGUGGGCCGGCGUCUUUCCACCGGCAGCUCCCGUCCCUACUCUCCCUCGCCUCUCGUGGGAACCAUCCCUGAGCAGCUGGGUCACUGCUGCUGUCACCUCCAGGGUCACGAGUCUCGCAGCCGGAGCUCCUCAGGAGGCUCCCCCGUCCCGUCCUCCCAGCUCCUGGGAGCUCGGCUCCAGAGCGCCCCCACCCUGACAGAGGUCUACCAGACCAGACAGAAGCUCCACAAGCAGCUGUCAGACCCCGUGCAGCCUUCCUCCUCCUCAUCAUCUUCCUCCAGCCACUCACCCCAGCUCGGCCGGCCCGUCAACCUUGGCUCCUCCCCCACCAAGCUGCUGGGGUCUUCUCCCCGUUCCUCCGAUUGGCUGCAGAAGUCCCCACUGCCCACCAUCAUCGGCUCCCCCACCAAGACCAUUUCAGCACCGUUCAAGAUCCCCAAAACACAGGCAUCCUGUAACCUGAUGGCUCUGGCAGACAACCCCAUGCCCACCAAGACGCUGGCAGAUGCGCGGGAUAUCUGUGCCCACCACUGCAGUCCCUAUCCCAGUGGACGCCAGGCCAUCCCCGAGGCCAGCAGGACCUUCGGCAGGUCUGUCAGUACGGGCCGUCUGUCGGAGCAGCCAAUCAGAAUCACUCUGGGUGGACAGCCCUAUCAGGGCAGCACCGACAGCCUGAACACAGAGCGACCCAUGGACACAGCCCCUGCAGGUCCCACUGGACUGGCCCAGGGUGGGUCAGCGAGCCCCCGUACCGUCCUUUUCACCGUGGGUUCACCGCCCAACAGCAGCACACCCCCAACCUGCAGCCAUCUUGGCACCCGGCCACGCACCACCUCAGUGGGCUCCAACAGUUCGGCUGGCUCCCUGUGCUCCACCAGUGGUCGGGUUUAUGUCGGCUCUCCGCCUGGCAUGGCCAUGGGCUCCUCACCUCCAGGAGGCUGUGGGGUGGCUCAGGCCAUCCCUGUGGUGGAGGGGGCGCCCAGCAGCCUGCGCUAUGUCCCCUAUGGGACCUCCCCACCUAGCCUGGAUGGAUUUAUCACCUUCGAAGCCCCAGAGCUGCCAGAGGAAACCCUCAUGGAGCGUGAGCAUACAGACACCCUGAUGCACCUUCGCAUGAUGCUUUCUUUCACCGACUGCGUCCUCGAGAUGGCGGCAGUGCGAGCCGGGGGGACAGAGCUUGGUGUGUCGGCGGCCUCCCUCUAUCCUCCCCAGGACAGUGUGGUGGUGGAUCAGAUCAGUCAGCUCAGCAAGGAGUGGGGGCAGGUGGAGCAGCUGGUGUUGUACAUGAAGGCAGCUCAGCUUUUGGCCUCCUCUCUCCAUCUGGCUAAAGCUCAGAUUAAAUCAGCCAAACUCAAUCCUUCCACCGCCGUCAAACAAGUGGUGAAGAAUCUGAAUGAGCGUUACAAGAGCUGCAUCUCGCUCUGCCGGCGGCUGACCGACAAACUCAACCACUUCUUCUCCGAUAAGCAGCGCUUCGUCGACGAGAUCAACAGCGUCACCGCCGAGAAGCUCAUCUACAACCACGCCGUGGAGAUGGUUCAGUCAGCAGCUCUGGAUGAGAUGUUCAAGCAGACGGAGGACAUUGCCUACCGUUACAACAAGGCCGCCAUGCUGCUGGACGGCUUGUCCAAGAUCCUCCAGGACCCCGCUGACAUCGAGAACGUGGUCAAGUACAAGGCCAGUGUGGACAGGAGGAUCUCUGCCCUGUGCUACUGUACUGUCACACUGUACGAGUAGCAGCCCACACACAAACACACACACACACACACACACAGAGUCCCAGCCCUUCCCAGAGGGACCACGUUCAAAGAUUAUUGACUACAAUCCUUGGAGCCCCCACCGUUCCCUCCUGUAGCAACUCAAGCACUUUUCCUUUGGUCAGUCUCGUCUGUACUUUCAUCCUGCAUCCAGAAAAACCCAGUUACUCUACUUUUUGCAUCACAGACUGAACUGCCGAGAGCAACCGAUGCACAAAUUUACAACCAAAGAUGACAACGGAUCCUGAAACAAAGGCUACAAAACCGGACAUGGACUUAACGUGUGCACUCUUAACUGAACUGAGUUUUCUUUUUUCUUUCUUUUUUUUUUUUUUAGUUUUUUUACACUAACCAUGAUGAUGACGACAAACCACAUGAUCAAAAGAUUUAAAAACACGAAAUGUCCACCGUUCAGGAUAUUCUUCGCUUUUUUUUGUACCAGAAGAAAAACAGGAUUGACAGGACAAUGAGAAGCUCCAUUAAGCUUCAAGAGACUUAAUCUACCCAUGACGCUGUUUCUCUUUUUAAAUCUCGCUUACUACAGUAUAUUGAUGGUUAUUAUUUACUCUGUGUUUUACUUGUUAUUGUUCUUAUUUAUUGGCUCAGAAGAGUACGGAUGUUUCAGCCUGCUGCCUUGUCUCGAAAACCUCAAGUUAUCAAAGCGGAAGGAAAUUAGCAAAAGGCAGGCAGGCCAAUCACUGUAACAGAUUCCCUGCACGCAAAAUGUACAUUUUACAUAAAACACAGACUCCUGUUGACACAAACGGAGACAUCAGCAAACUAGACAGCCUCAAAAGCAAAAGGAACCUGUAUAUUUGUAAUUAAUUUCUUUUUUUUUUUUUUUCAGCCGUUAGCUCAAGCACUUUAUUGUCGAUUGAGGGAGGGCGCGGAUCUGUCAGAGUUUUGAAGAGAGAAAUGUGAAGGCUGCAAGUCGCCGCAUGUUCACACUGCGAGCAACCCCGUCCACAAGUCACUAAAAACGUCUGGAAUUCAUGAGUUUUCGCAUCUGCGUCUGCUGAGAAAACGGUUGAGCUUUCUGCGCCCAUCAGCUGUUGACAGCCAGUCCCAUUUCUGCUGUUCUUUUUUGUUCAUGAAGUCGAAAAAAAUAAGUCCAAAGUGGAUGACAGCCACUCCCAGUCGGCGUUGCUCUCAGUGUGAAAACACAGUUAAGGCCUGCGGUGAACUAAGGGGUGAAAGUGUCUUGCCCUGUUGGUAUUUCCACGUGGCCCGAGGGCUCCUGCAGGACUGUGACACAUCAAAAAGCUUCGAAAAAGACAGAACAGAAAAUCAGAACUUGAGGGAAAAAAAACUCAUCCUGGGACACUGAAGCGGCGGCAGGACCUUCAACUGGGUGGAAGCUCUGGUUUGCCCACAUAAACCCCCGACAGAGCGAAUUAUGAAAUCGAAUGGUCAAAUUACUUGAGAAGUUACCUUAAUAAGUUUCAUUUUACUAAAAUAAUACAGCUUUUUUAUGUUCACUUGUCAGUAACUGUAGCUAAUUUUUAACAAUACUUGAUGUUUGCAAACUUGUAAAUAUUUGUAUGUGGUGCAUGUUAUUUUUUUUUUAUUAUUUUUUUUUCUUUCUUUUUUUUUGGUUUUGGAGUGAAUGUGUGAGAUCACAGUUUGAGUUUCAGGCGUCUGAUGCCAUCGGACGCCCUGCCUGUCAGUGGAAGAGCACAAAUCUUUAUAUGUACAUAGAUGAAUUUGAUACGUUUUACUCAUGUCUGCCAAGGGUUUGAUAGGAAACCUAUUCUGGCACAACAGGAGUGUGCCAAGAAAAGGAAAACAAAAAAAUACAAUAAAAAAAAAUGAAUAAAAACCACAUGGCAGCUCCAAAACUUUCCACAUAACUCUUUCUACCAGGACUGUUCAUUAUGAUGUCCACAGAUUUCUGUAUGGAGCUCAAGUCUCACACGUGUGUGUGUCCAGCCCGGUUUCAUGACACUUUGUGAAAUGAGCACGAUGCAAAAAAAAAAAAAAAAAAAAAAAAGCCUCUGAGCACGCGGUUUAUUGUCACAUAACUACUUUUUCAGUGGAGGAAUGUAAAUCCUCACAUAAAUAGUGUCCACAGUUCCUGCUCAUUUCAUGAAAUCUUGUGAGACUUUGUUGAUUUGUCACAAUCAGCACUGCCUAUUCUGCAUCCAGUUCUCCUCUGCUUUCCCCAAGUCAUGCACUGUGCUCCUUACAGUGUGUAUCUAUGUGUGAGUGUGUGUGUGUGUGUGUGUGUGUGUGUGUGUGUGUGUGCGCGUGCGCGCGCGUGUGCGCGCAUGUGCACUCGCCAGGUGUGCGUACGGCCAGUAGUGUACCCAGUGGAAGAUGGAGAAGGAGGUGCCUUCUUGAUGAAAGCAGACAUGCUCCUGUGUACAGGUGUGAAUAAACUCUCCUCUCUGUGUAGAAAUGCAUGAACCGGCUGCCGGGCCUGUUCUGUUCUCCCAUGUACUGUUUUUUUUUUUUUCUAAACAUAUCUGGGUUUCCUGUGAAUGUUCGUUUUGCGCUCCCUCGUCCUCGUCAUGAGCACUCUGCACCAUACGAAGCCUUUUACUGCACACCAAGUGGAGAGAGGAAGGAAGGAAUUAAAAAAAAAAAAAAAUCAAAAACUCACCUGAAACUCUGAAAUCCUACCAGAACCCAUGCUGUAGAUUUAGGCCACACUCCCUUGGUACCGUUUUGUUUGUUUCUUUAGAUAAAGCAUGGGUACCAACACCUUUUCCUUCGUAGAGCCUGUAGGAUCUUGAAUGUAUGUGCCCUGUUUUGCGCCUCUCCAGCUUGACCCGAAUGCAUUUUGAUGAAUCCCUGCCGUCGGAUCUUUGUCUGAACUGACCCUGAAGAUGCAACAAGUUUCCACGCACCUGAUUAUCUUUUUUUUUUUUUUUUUCCAGUGAGAAAUGUUGAUGUUCUACUUGUGUCUUUCACCGAGGGUAUCUCUCUUUGUUCUUUAUGGAACUCAAAUGCAGUCUUUGUUAUUAAAAAGAAAAAAGUGAAAGAUG